AUGAGCAAAUCAUUGGUUGGAGUAAUGACUGAGGAGGACCAUGUCCGACACUUGAGGAUUUUACUUCAGAGGUUGAAAGAAGAGAAGUUGUAUGCCAAGUUCUCAAAAUGUGAGUUCUGGCUUACUUCUUUGGUAUUCUUGGGACAUGUGGUGUCCAAGGAGGGUAUUAGAGUAGAUCCGGCCAAGAUUGAGGAAGUUAGAGGCUGGACGCGACCUACUUCACCUACUGAGAUUAGGAGCUUUGUGGGAUUGGCAGGUUAUUAUCGACGAUUUGUUCAGAGUUUCUCUACUAUUGCAGCUCCAUGGACUGUACUGACUCGAGAGUAUGUGGGUUUUCAGUGGUAUGAUGAGUGUGAGAAGAGCUUUCAAAAGCUCAAGACUUUGUUGACUUCGGUUGAUGUGACAUCGGCUCCUGUGUUGACUCUACCUGAGGAGGGUGUAGACUUUACUGUGUAUUGUGAUGCUUCAGGAGUUGGAUUGGGUGAUGUGUUGAUGCAGAAAGGGAAAGUGAUUGGGUGUUACAUGAGGCAACGAAGAUGGCUUGAUUUGCUGGAGGACUAUGGUGUGACCAUUUUGUAUCAUCCGGGGAAGGACAAUGUUGUGGUCGAAGCUUUGAGUAGGCUGACCAAGUCUGCCCACUUAAUUUCGGAUCGAGUGAAGUAUACAACAAAGAAGUUAGUUGAGAUAUAUAUCAGUCAGAUUGUGCGACUACAUGGGGUUCUUGUUUCUAUUAUAUCAGAUCGAGGUUCACUAUUUACUUCUCACUUCUGGAAGGCAUUACAGCAUGGUCUGGGUACUCAGUUUGAUAUGAGUACAACUUUUCACCCUGAGACAGAUGGUCAGUCCGAGCGGACGAUUCAGGUGUUGGAGGAUAUGCUCCGAGCAUGUGUGAUCAAUUUUGGUGCUAGAUGGGAUUGA